AUGAAGGCUAAGGCCCAAAAAUCCAAAGCCAAGGCAAAGAGGACAGCUCCCAAGAGGAGAAGUCCAAAAUUAGCCUGGGCUGAGCAAAAGGUAGAAGAGGGGCGUCUCCACUACGCGCAGAUGUCUCAGCUAAAGGCGACGAAGGGCGAAUUCGCCAAUAGGGUUGAGGAGAUGAUGGCCACCAAAAGGCAACGCUCGAUCGAGAGUGCCAAGGACACUCCGGCGGGCAAGCGGCAACGCGGGCCCAAGGUGGUUAUCCCUCAACCUACGAAGACGAAGAAGCCCAAGCAGAAGGCCAAGGUCCACGCCCAGCUGGUAGACUGCCUUUUCGCGCGAAUGGAGGACGAGCCGGACGCUGCCAUGCCCACCUUCGACGGUGCGGGAUGGCUGAACGGGGUGAAGAUCCUCAAAUGUAAUGAUGACCCGACGAGGAAGUGGCUGUUGCAAGUGGUGCCCAAAUUGGAAGCUCUGUGGGAGGGGACCAAGCUGGAGGUAGUGGACAGGGAGAUGAUCCCUUCCAUCCCAAAGGCGAAGGUGCUCUUCGCCAUUUCAGUCCAGGGAGACCGAGCACUGAAACUCCUCCAGAGGCAGAAUACAGAGGUGCCAACGGCUGACUGGAAGAUCUUGCACGCUGCACUGAAGACCUGGCAGUGGUGA